AUGGAAAAUUAUCAAUUUGUUAUUAUUGGUGGUGGUAUAUCUGGUGUGACUUGUGUAGAAAGUAUUGCUACAUUUGAUUCUACUGCUCGAAUUCUACUUCUUACAGGAACACCAUUGAUUAAAGCAAUUACAAAUUAUGUGAGCAAAUUUUUAGAAGAAUUUGAUAUUGAAGAAAAACCUUUUCAUUAUUUGGCUGAACGAUUUUCAAAUUUAAUUAUACAAAAUAAAGUUGUUGAACGAUUAGAAACUGAGAAGCAGAUUAUUAUCUGUUCUGAUAAUACACAAAUUCAUUAUGAUCAACUUUGUAUUUGUACUGGUGCACGACCCAAAUUACUGUCCAAUACAAAUCCUUAUGUAUGCGGUAUUCGUGAUACAGAAACAGUUGAAUCAUUUCAAAAAAAAUUAGCAUCAGCUAAACAAAUUGUUAUUGUUGGUAAUGGUGGUAUUGCAACUGAACUUGUAUAUGAAGUUGAACAUUGUUCAGUUAUAUGGGCUAUUAAAGAUGAACAUAUUUCAACAGCAUUUUUUGAUGAAGCUGCAGCUCGAUUUUUUCUUGAUCGUAUUGAAAUGGUUAAAGAAAAACAAAAGAUGAAUGAAAAAAGACAAAAAUAUGAAAUGAUUGAUCAACCAGUUGAUCCUACACAUAUUCGAACAUCAUCAACAAAGAUAUGUGGUGGAGCUUUAGGUCCUGAUUGGGCAACAAAUAGAUCGAUGAAAGGUGCAUUUUCUCAACCUCGACAAGUUCAUAUUGAAUAUCAAGUUGAAGUGAAAAAUAUUCUUACACCUGAACAAUAUCAACAACGAAAAUUAACUAUUGAAAAUCUUCAAUCAUCUGAAGAAGAAAUUCAAUGGCCAGUUUAUGUUGAAUUAACUAAUGGUAAAAUUUUUGGUUGUGAUUUUGUUGUGAGUGCUAUUGGUGUAACACCGAAUGUUGAACUUUUUCUUCAAUCAGCUGAUUUUAAAUUGGGUGCUGAUGGUGGUUUAUUAGUUGAUGAAACAAUGCGUACAUCAAUAAAAAAUAUUUUUGCUUGUGGCGAUGUAUGCACAGCUGGUUGGACGUUUGCAGAACAUUGGUUUCAAAUGCGUCUUUGGUCACAAGCUCGUCAGAUGGGAUAUUAUGCUGGUAAAUGUAUGUUAGCAUAUGCAAAUAAUGAACAAGAUUCAUUAGCAAUGGAUUUUUGUUUUGAACUUUUUGCACAUACAACAAAAUUUUUUAAUAUGAAAGUUGUUUUACUUGGUAAAUAUCAUGAAAAAGAUAUGAAAAAAUAUGAUAAUCUUAUUCGAAUGACUCCAGGCGAAGAAUAUAUAAGAAUAACAUUAAAAGAUGGUCGAGUACAUGGUUGUAUUUUUAUUGGUGAUACUGAACUUGAAGAAACAUUUGAAAAUUUAAUAUUAAAUCAAAUCGAUGUUAGUGCUUAUGAAUUACAAAUUAUUAGUAGUAUCGACAUUGAACAAAGUUCUCUAACUGUAAUUGGUGAUAAAAAUGUUACACGUCAAAGUAAUUUAAUAACUAAAUCAUUUUCAAAACUAUCUAUCAAUGGACCAUUUUAUUGUUAUGUUACAUGGACUGAUAAUAAACAAACGAUGGAUAUCUAUACAGAUAAUAAUAUUCAUCCAUAUGUUAUAGUUCAUAUCGAACAAGAUACAUUAGAAAUAGCGAUUCAAUUUGAUGCAAAUUUUAAAUUUACUAAAAUGGAUAUUUAUCUUUAUAUACAUCCAACAAUUGAUGAAAUUUUCUUAGGUGGAAUUAGUACUUUACAUAGUACAAAUGUAUUAAAGACUGAUAGUCUCUUAAAAUUACAUAUUCAAGAUACGAGUAGCCUUAUUCUUCAGUUGGAUAUAUUCAAUCUUGAUGCUCUCUUUUUAUCAGCUGGAACGACUAAAUUAAUUGGCCAUGUAAAUGAUAAAGCAAUAAUUAAAUACGAUGGUAUUGGAGAUGUUGAUGCAUCUCAAUUGUUUUGUAAAUUUGUUGAUAUCGAAGCUAAUGGACUCGGCACUAUAUGGAUAACGGGUACAGAGGAAUGUAUUAUUAAAGCUGAAGGUGUAAGCAUUGUAAGAUACAACUGUACUAAUAUACAUAAUCCUCAAGUGACUGGUUUGGCAAAAAUAAUUCCAGUUUAA